AUGACAAAUCUCACGCACCACGAAACCCAGCAGUCUGUCAACGAUGCAGAACUUAUCGAGAGACAGCUGAUCAGACUCCAGGAAUCAUACGAGUUUGCGGUCAGAAACAUGACCGAGACCAAGAAGCAGCUGCACAGUGAAAUGAUUAAACAAACCCGAAGCAACUGGGAGUUUGAACACCACAAAAGAAGGACUAAAGACUAUGAAGAGCAACUUGAUAAAAUAGCCCAAGAUGUCAGUUAUCUCAAAUCUUUCUUUCCAAUGAUGGGUGCCAACGCUAACGAGUAUCAACUUCUGACGCCUCAUUCGGCCGUCGCGUCCCUCCUCAUCGAGCGUAGUUACCUACGCAACCACAGUAACACCCUGAAAACGCAGCAGGACGCAGAAGAAACAUUGGUGAAGGAAAAGGAAAACAGCGUUAAGCUCCAGCUGAAAAUGAAACAAGAAGUGAGAAUUAGCGACACUCUUCGGAGACGGGUUGAAUUACUUCAUAAAGAAGAGGACGAAAUAAUCGCCAAUAUAGAUGUUAUAGAACAAAGCUGUGGUAGCUGUCCAGCAGGAUGGAUCCUUCUCAAAUCAACCUGCUAUUAUUUUUCUCUACCUGAGCCCGAUGCCAAAAAGAACUGGUCGGACAGCAGAGCAGACUGCAUUGAUCGAGGCGGAGACCUGUUAGUGAUCGACAACUUGCAGGAACAGAUACUUAUAAGUGAAAACAUUCCAAAAGCGAGCUCCACUUCAGGUUUUUGGUGGCAGAACGGCUUCUGGAUGGGUCUACGAGACACCCAGUCACGGGGAACGUGGAUGUGGAUAAAUAACUCGACGGUGGCUGACACAGGGUACUGGCGGGAACACCAACCCAGCACCAUUGGACCUCAGACUGGGGACUGCGCAGCCUUCUUUUACUUUAUCGACACCACAAAAACAUGGUACAAUGGAAACUGCCAGGACCACCUGUACAAUUGGAUAUGCGAGAUGGUUGCAAAGCCCCUGGAGUAG